CCUUAUAAAAGCAUAUGAAGCAGAAGCAGCGGGAACAUGGAUUCUAACGAAAUGAAAAAAGUUAUUUUUCUUAAACAUGCCGAAGACAAUGAAGUUUAUACUAUUUUAUUGACUGAAGAAGAAGCAAAAUGUUUAGGAGCAGAUAAUAGCAUAAGUGAAAUAAGUCAUGCAGAGCCUUUACAUAGUGACCAUACUGACAAUGUUGGAGUUUUUAAAUGGCCUCAUGAAGCGAUUCUUUUAUUAAUUGAGGAAUAUAAUUUGCGACAAGAAGAUUUUACCAGUGGAAAGAUGUCACAGAAGAAGAUAUGGUCAUUAAUUGCAGAUAAAAUAAAAAAACAUGGAUAUAAUGUAACUGGACUACAAUGUUUUUCCAAGUUUUCUGGUUUGAAACGAACUUACAAUGGUAUUAAAGAAAAUAACAGAAGACCUAGAUCUGGAGUAUGGCCAUAUUUUUCUAAUAUGGAUGAAUUACUUCAUUCAAAAUCACCAUUAAUAACAGUAUCAUCGAUUGAAAGAAAAUAUAAGGCACGUUCUAAAUGCAGUACAUCUAAUCUAGAUAUUUGUUUCGAAGAUGAAAAACCAAUUCAUAUUGCCGCCGUUGUUGAUGCAUUUAUUAUAUUACUGGACACCAUCCUUCGUCGUAGAAAGUUACCGCCUGUGAGACAAAUCACUUGGUGACACCUUUGACCUCGUCGUCAUCGUGAAAUCGCCGGCCAGCAAGGGAGGAUUUCAAAUUAAUUUUCUCUUCAAUUGCACGCAUCAAAUCGUCAUUAACCGGAGACGGUCGCCCGCUCCGUUCAUCGCCGUGUACAUUUUCGCGUCCUUCAUUAAAAAGUCGUAUAUAUUCAUUUUCGUACCAUUGACUGCGUUCAACAGAGAAAACUAAUUAGUGAACGCUCAGUGAUUCUUCAAUACGAUUGGUUCCUAUAUUUAGAUCUAGCGAAUAUUUAAAGACAAGAAUCAAUCAUAUUAAAAAAAUCUCUGAGCGCGCUCA